CAACUCUAUAUAAGCAUACAAAACCCUAACCUUAAGUUUCCCUUGUUCAUUUUCAGCUCACCGCCAUAAGCGAAAUCAAAAGCCAGCAGCGCUGCAGCUAAAAGAGCAGUCGUUUGACAAUUAUUCGCCAUGGGUAAGGUUCACGGAUCUCUAGCUCGUGCUGGUAAGGUGAGAGGCCAAACUCCUAAAGUGGCCAAGCAAGACAAGAAGAAGAAGCCCCGUGGCCGCGCUUACAAGCGGAUGCAAUACAACCGCCGCUUCGUCACCGCAGUGGUUGGAUUUGGCAAAAAGAGGGGACCUAACUCAUCUGAGAAGUAAGAGAUCUAUGUAGGUGAAGAAGGCAAGAAGCCUUGUUGAAAGCUUUGAUGGAUUUUAAGUCUUUGUUUUCUUUUGAUAAUGUUUUUAUGAUACUGGUUUCAAGGAUUGGAUUGAACUACCAUUUUGUUUGCUAGAUAUUAUGUGAUAUUGUUAUCAAUUAUCUUAAUUUUUGGUUUA